AUUUCCGCCCCAGGGAGAGCCACGCUGGCAGCACAGCCCCUUCCCCGACUCAGCAUCGGGAGGAAGACCCUGGUGGCGGCUGCCGUCGGGGUCAUGCUGGUCCUGGUGCUGGUGGUCCUCAUCCCCGUCCUGGUCAGCUCCGUGGGCACCGACACCAGCCACUUUGAAAUGCUGGGUACCUGCCGCAUGGUGUGUGACCCCUACCUGAACAAGGGCACAACGGCCAGCAGCACCAGCUCCAGUGGCAUCCAGGCAGAAGCCGAGGCCCUCAGCGACAACAGCAACAUGCCCUCCACACUGGUGCAGGGACCCCAGGGCAAGCAAGGCAGGCCAGGUAAACCUGGACUCCCGGGACCACCUGGAGAGCCAGGGCCACCGGGGCCAGUGGGACCCCCUGGAGAUCGAGGGUCUGGAGGGAGGACUGGGAUUUUGGGGUUGGGGGGGAACGGAGCUAUCAGCACGGCCACCUACAGCACAGUGCCCCGGGUGGCCUUUUACGCAGGGCUUAAGAACCCCCAUGAAGGCUAUGAGAUCCUCAAGUUUGACGACGUGGUCACCAACUUGGGAAACAACUACGACGGCAUCUCAGGCAAGUUCAUCUGCAGCAUCCCUGGCACCUACUUCUUCAUCUACCAUGUGCUGAUGAGAGGUGGGGAUGGGACCAGUAUGUGGGCAGACCUCUGCAAAAAUGAACAGGUGCGAGCCAGCGCCAUCGCCCAGGACGCUGACCAGAACUAUGACUACGCCUCCAAUAGCGUCAUCCUCCACCUAGACGCAGGCGACGAGGUCUACAUCAAGCUGGACGGGGGCAAGGCUCACGGCGGCAACAACAACAAAUACAGCACCUUCUCUGGGUUCAUCCUCUACGCCGACUGAACCCACCCAGGUGCCACGUCCAGAGAGAGGAAGACAAGAAAGUAAGAGAUUGAGAGAAAGAGUUCUAAUGAGGGAAGGAGGGGGUUAAAAGCCAGAAUGCUUUCUAGUUUCCUGGUUCUCUCCAUCGUCACACCAACCUCUGCUUAUAAAACACAUCAGCCCCAAAUCAAGGUUCUCCAGCUCAGCUCGGCCUGCCUGUCUGCCGUGCUGUGAGGGAGGGAGGGAGGGAGAACACGAUGAUAGGGGAGGGAGUAGUGGGGGGUGAAGCUUGGUAGAGAGAGGUGCCCUCCUCAUCAGAAUUCUAACCUGUCAGUUGCUCCUCGCUUUCUGAAUAUUUCUCCUCCUCAAACUGGAAAAUAAACCAACUAACGCCAAGUGGAUCCGGCCUCAUCAUCUUCUCUCCAUAACAGUUGGCUAUAUGGACUCUGUUGACUGAAAUUGUUGACUGAAAUUGUCCUAUCUUGUCGUUGUGUGCUUUUCCUUAGAAUAUCAGCAUUUUACUUUUGUGAAAGAUACUACUGCAUCGUAUAUUUACACAAAAGAGGAUAUUAAAAAGAUGUUUAUCCCUAAAAAAAAAAAAUGAUUUUGAGGGAACGGUUUUGUGAGAUGUUGAUUGUGAUUUCCGAAGCCUUUAGUUGAGAAACGGUAAUGAAAAGGUGCCAUUAUGGUUUCUAAAGAUGAUUCUAAUAAUGAUUUCGUGCAUUUGACACCUGGCUAUCACAUGAUGUUUGUUUAUGUGUGAUGUCAGCUGUGGGAACACAGACCUGGUUUGUGGCUGAAUGUUAUUCAUGCAAGGCAUGUUAUACAGAUACAACAUGACAUUUUCCCUCGUCCCAUCCAACAUAUCUAGAGUCUCUAUCCUUGCCCCUUGUCCCGUCUCUAUACCCUUAUCCAAUUUGUCUAUACAGGGCCAAAGUGGGUUGAGAAUAGACUCAAAUUAAUAUUAGAUGUUCUAGUUAUGUAGAUAUCCUUCACCACCAGAAUCGUUCAAUGAAGCCACAUAUUCCGAUUCGGAGGUAACCUAUUUUAUAAAACAACAGUGUCCAUUACUUCAGCUUCGUCCUCGAGCACUCUGCUGUGGUGAAGUAAAAAAAUAUCAUGCAGACCAAGCAGAGCAAGGAGGGGGAGGGAGAGAGAGAGAGAGAGAGAGAGAGAGAGAGAGAGAGAGAGAGAGAGAGAGAAGUUUAAUGGCGAGGCAGUUUUUCGGUUUCAGUGUCUGAGGCUUCACUGGAUGUCAUUAGCUGCAUAUUCACUGAUACAUACAAGCAUUAUGGUGAUAUUUACUCAACAUGGCGGACUGACAGCUUGCUUUAGAAUGAAAUUGAUUGGGUGAGUGAGUGACUUGGCUUCUUAGCAUUGUGUGUGUGUGUGUGUGUGUGUGUGUGGGAGCGUGUGUGUGCGUGUGCGUGCGUGCGUGCGUGUGUGUGCGUGUUGGUGUAUUUGAGUGUUUGCAUCAGAGCAUGCGCCGUGCCAUUGCUACAUUGUUGUUUUUCUGUUAUUCUGUGCUACAGCCAAUGACAGAUAUUUUACUCAGCAGACAAUGAGAUUUCAUUACAUAGGGAGGGGAGCCUCUGUAGAGAUGAUGAGAAGAACAAACAGUUUGUAAAUGAAAUCUAUGCUAUGUUUGUCUAUCUAAUUUUAUCUUUUUGAAUUGUUGAAUACAUUUAAAUAAUAAAUGGGAUUUUUGGA